AUGGAGGUCCAAAAGUUUGUCCAUCUGGUUGGAUAAAUGUUGUCUCAUCAUGUUACUACUUCAGUACAUAUAAGACUACGUGGUUUAAAGCAAGAGCCGCCUGUCAAAAGCUUGGAGGAGACCUGGCUGUUCCUAUGAACAAUAAGGAGAAUUCUGCUAUCUUGAAUAUUGUGAAACAAAAAAGUCUGUCUCAGCCUUUUAUAGGUUUUCGAAGACAUAAGGAUAAUAAGUUUUAUACCGUGCAAGGAGUGAUGCCAUCCUAUAUGAAGUGGCAACCCGGAGAACCAAAUGGUCCCAACCAUGAACAUUGCGUACAUUUUUAUAACAAUAAUGGCAAAUGGAAUGAUAUUCCAUGCUCCAACCAGUACCCUUUUAUUUGCCAACGUCAUCUUAUUAAACGUAAGUAG